AUGAACCGUCUACGAAGGAUCAUGACCGAGAAAGUGAAUGCGGAGACAGCUGAGCAGUUUGUCAGCGGCUUCAUCAACGAAAACGAGCCCUGGCUCCUCAAGGUACUCGAGGAUUAUAAGUCCUCGAUGUUUCACAUUGCAGACCUGACAGUCCCUACCAUUGACGACGACUACGAGGAAGACAACACAGAUGCCCGAUCCUUCACUAUUCCUCUGGCCAUGGAGGCAUCUCCGACUACAGCUCGCUUCGAGCCAAUCUUCAACAUGGGUCCGCCGCCCUCUCGCGCUGGAGGAUGCAAUUUGAGUAAGCAGACUGGUAUCAACGACGCAGUGCGAUUCACACAGCAUCCAUUUGAGGACGACACAGCUCUGAAGCACUUCAACGACAAGCGCCGGAGAUGCCAUGAACCGAAGAGUAGAUACACUGAGGAAGAUAUCAUCCGAGGAUUCGCGUGUAGGGUUUAUUGGAACGCGAGGGCACAAGAAGAAGCUUCAGAUGAUGAUUUCAUCAAAUCAAAUGAAUCUGUGAAGAAGAAGAGGCAGAUUGCAGAUGCCGCGAAGGGUUCGGCCAAGAAACCAGGCAGAGGCCGAGGAAAGAAGAAGUCUGGAGAGAUUGGUCCCCAGUCUGGCCAAGCCCAUGAUGGGUCAUCUGGCGAGGAUAUGGAGGGCAGUUAUCGUGAGGAAAUACCCAUAUGCUGA